GCAGAAGUCCCACAAUUCUCUUGCCUCCAACUCGCGAGAAGGUCAUCAAGCCCAAAUUCAAAUACAUCUAAACGCAGCUUGCAGCUCUACAGAUUUCAACUAAACAAAGUUAGAGUUGGUCAGUAGCGUAUUUUAACCAGCUGGUUGCCAGCCGCGUUGUCAUCAAACUGCCCCGUCCCACAAAAUGACAGCCAGCAGGUCAGUGGUCGCAGAAAGGGAUGAAACUGGACGUAUAUUCUACACCACUGUUGGACAUGGCACCGACAUCUCAGCUAGGAAGACCGCACGUACCACCGAUACUUCCCCAAACCGACUUUUCAAUGAAAAACCCUUGCAAGCUCUAGGACGUAGCAUCUCAGCGAUAUUCCUCCCAGCUGGAUAUCCAAACACUGUCACUCCUGAUUAUCUGCACUAUCAAAUGUACAAUGAUGUGCAAGAAUUUUGCAGUUCUUUGUCAGGUUUACUGGCUUCCAGAGGCGCGCUCGAAGGUUUUGGAGUGGGCAAUGCGUCAGCAUCAGCAACUCAGGCGCUCCUUUUAUCAGUUCUGAAAGAUGUUUGUUCGCGGUUCACAACUAUAAUAGGCGCCUAUUACUUUGGUACCUCACUAUACCCCGAAACCAAAACAUUCCGCUUUCUCGCAGACGUCAUCAACGAUACCUCCAUUGUCCUAGAUACUAUAUCCCCAUAUUUCACCAGCAUAUCCCUAUCCUCCACAUCUCCAUAUAUCCCUUCAGGCUCGACUCUCCAAAUCGCAGCGUUGUGUAUGAGCGGAGCUAUGAGAUCUCUCUGCAGUCUCGUAGCAGGCGGAUCAAAAGCAGCACUCACAGACCACUUCGCUUCACCCAUGAACGGAAAAGGCGACGUAGGCGAAUUGAACGCUAAAAACGCGAGCAGAUCAACUGUGGUUGCGUUGACAGGUGUCUUGCUUGGAACGCUUAUUGUUCCUUAUAUCACGACCCGCACCUCAAUUUACACCGCCCUUUUCUUUCUCGUCUUUGGCCAUCUUUUAGCCAAUUAUCUUGCGGUGCGCAGUGUCGUACUCCGAUCGUUUAAUAGGCAACGGUCUAGUGUUCUUUGGAGUACAUUCCGUAACCCAAAAGCAGGAGCGGACGCACGUUCUGUCAUCCUGACCCCAAGAUAUGUAUCAAACCGAGAGAUCAUUCUAGAUAUUCCCAGCUGCAUCCGCGAUGCAGUCGCCAACCGAGUCAUCGGACACUGCUCAUUAGGCGUAUCAGUGCAGUACGCUAUGACACGCUGCAACACAUCGCACGUUCUCAAGAUGCUCCAGCACUUCCAGGAAGAACCGUACGUUCUCUUUGUGGCGGAGUCCCGACCGUGGGGGCGACGCGGACCGUGUAUCUUGGUGUCUUUCAAAGAAGGAUACGGAUCCCUGGACCAGUUACGUGCUUGGUUGCAUGCACUGGAGAUAGCUGCGAUGUGGAGUACCCGGUACAUGCAUCCCAGUCUUACGAGUCCUAGUGACAUCGAGGACAUGGUGCUCUCGACACAUGAGACCCUCAGACAGGAGUUCUCUCGUUUCAUGGGAUGCAUGAAGGAAGCGGGGUGGGAUAUUGAAGAAGGCGCGAUGAUGAUGGGGUCGCCGGGUAGUGUGAUCAUGUCGCCUGAGACUACGAAGGAUGCAUGAUUCCUUUCUAGAGGCACGCAACAACACUCGGUUUGCGUGGUGUACUGUACACGAACAUAUGUUGCUUGAUUUUCCCCCGACACAAUUUGAGCUCGCUGUCCCCGUACUAUCAACCCGAGAACUCACGCUAAAAUAAAGCAUCCUGGUGGUGUGAGUGUUUUAAUGUGCAUCAUAAUUGAAUGGAGCAAGCGUCUUGUGAAAGGGGAUAGGACGCCUUCGUCGUCUCACCGUUACUCCAUUAGCAUCUCGUGCAGACGUAUAAUACUCUGAAUAACGUCGAUCAGUCAGAAGAAUAUAUCAUUCUGCC